UUUUCGGCCCAAUGGGCUCCUAUUUUAUAAACUACUAGAAAACCCUAACUCCUCCAAACCCCACGAUUCAGCAAUGGCGAAGAACAGAAACAAGAAGAAGAAAAAUGGAACUGGUCUAAUGGAUAUGGAUGUCAAAUCAGAUGAUCAUAAGGUCAUAGAUAUUCCUCAAGCUAUGGAUACGUCGGAGACCGUAGCUUCCAGUGCCUUUUCCGGUGGACCGCUCAGGAAGAAGAAAAUGGGAAAACAAAUGAAAAGAUCAAAAAAUGUGCGGAAGAUGAAGGCAAUAGCAAAAGCUAUAUCCCUAAAUGACAAGUCGGAUGAGAAAAUUUCAAAAAAUGAGAGCAAGACGUUAAGAACUAAAUUUGCUAAGAAGCUAUACGAGUAGAAUUUCACUUUGAUCUAGUUUAUUGUGUGUGUAUCUGAUACACAGCAUAGUUGUGGAAUGUAACUCUUAACUUCCUAGUUAAGUAAUUUGGUUCAUCGUUUGGUCCUUAUCCUGUGCUUUGGGAUUGACCUGUGCUUAACGACUGACUGCAAAUGUAGGGUAGUAAAUUUAGGAUCCAUUUGGCUGGACUUUGGCUUAUUGUAGAAGAGCGUUCCGACAACACAGGCAAUGUAUGCAAUAAAAUCCAGAUAUGAAAACA